GCCACUGCCACGACUCGGGCUCGCUGUCUCUCGUUUGGGGACCGAUCGGACGUUUUUAUUUAUCCGAUGUCUCCAACCUGACUCUGCGGGAAUUUGUGGAGCCUCGACCGCUGUCUGUGACCCGCUAGCCGACGGUGUUCGCUCCCCUUCCUCUGAAUGCAGUAACUGAGAGUCAUGGCAACCGGAGGCGCUCCUUUCGAUGACAGUUCAGAAGAGCUACACAACUGGACGGUAACCAAUGGCAGUCUGGAAGACAGACUCAACAACAUGGACUGGGGUGUGCAGCAGAAGAAAGCCAACCGCUCCUCAGAGAAGAACAAGAAGAAGCUGUCGGCUACAGUGGUGGAGAGCCGCCUGACUAAUGAUAUCUCACCCGAGUCCACCCCCGGGGCCGGUCGCAGGAGAGCCCGCACUCCUCAUUCUUUCCCACACAUCAAAUACACAACCCAGAUGUCUGUCCCGGACCAAGCUGAGCUGGACAAGCUGCGUCAGCGGAUCAAUUUCACAGACCUGGAUGAGCGGAGCAUCGGCAGUGACUCCCAGGGGCGUGUCACAGCGGCCAACAACCAGCGGCAGUUAGCUGGAGAGCACAAGAAGCCCUACAACUUCCUACCUCUGCAUGUCAACACUAACAGGAGCAAGGAGCUGCUGCCUCCCUCCUCCUCUGCCCCGGCCACUCCAGCCAUCACGAAGGAAACCAAGAAGCAGAGCCCAGGAUUCAGGGAGACGUUAACCCCUGUGAUUCCUACCAAGGAAACACCCAGGCUCAGCCUCGGGGGCGCCGAGAGAGGGCCCUUCGUGCACCGAGCCUAUGGGAGAGGGGAUCCACAAGUAGACAGCAGCCAGGUGGUGAGCAAGCUGAUCCAGAUCCGGGAGUACAUCAGCAAGGCCAGCUCCAUGCGGGACGACCUGGUGGAGAAGAACGAUGUGCCGGCCAACGUGGAGCGUCUCUCUCACCUCAUCGACCACCUCAAGGAGCAGGAGAAGUCUUAUUUGCGGUUCCUGCAGAAAAUGCUGGCACGGGAGAAUGAGGAGGACGAUGUAGGGACCCUGGAUUCUGCCGUGGGCUCAGGUUCCAUGGUAGAGAGCACUUCUCUUAACAUUGAGGUCCGCUCUUCUGAUGCCUCAAAUGCUAUGGGCGGGAGGUCAGAAGUUGUGCGCGCUGACCAGAAGGAGGAGUUGGAGAAUCUCCGUAAGCAACACGAGCUGCUGAAGAAGAUGCUGGAGCAGCAGGAGCAGCUCAGGGCCCUGCAGGGCCGCCAGGAGGCUCUGAUGGCCAUGCAGCACAGCGCAGAGCAGGCAAUGGCUGUGAUUGAAGACACUGUUGUCACAGAAACCACAGGCAGUGUAUCCGGCCUGAGCAUCACAUCAGAACUGAAUGAUGAAUUAAACGAUUUGAUCCAGCGGUUCCACAACCAGCUACAUGACUCUCAGACUAAAGCGGUGCCAGACAACCGUCGCCAGGCGCAGAGUCUUUCCCUCUCCAGGGAGCUGGGCUGGUCCAGGACUCCCCAGGCUGUGGGCCCACCUCAACACAGGCCACUGCUCCACUCGGCCUCCGGCCCACACACUGGACUCGACACUGGAGCCACAGCUGCCACUGUCAAACUCACCAAGCUCCAAGAACUCCACGACAAAAAGCAGACUAUGGACAAGAUCCUGCAGGAGCUGCAUUCACUGAGAGACCAGACUCUCAACAAUAACUCAAGUCGUGGCCUAUCGGCACAGUUCAGCCUGAGUAUUGGAGGAUCUUCAGAUGGUGCAGCUGCUCUGAGCACUAAUGGGGCCUUGGCUUCCACUUCCUUUCAUCCUUCCCUCGCACAACACCAGGACAGCGCCAACUCCACAGACAAGCUCAGGAAGCUGAAGGAGGUCCACAAGCGUUUGAAUGAGCUGCGGGAGUUAGUCCAGUACUACGAGCAGACGUCUGAUAUGAUGGUGGAUGCCGUCAACGAGAACGUGAAAGAGGAUGAUGAUGAGGAAGAUGAGGAAGAUGAAACGGAGGACGGCUCUAUAUUUGAAGUCAUGUUUGACUCUGAGCAGGAGAACCGCCAGCCUGUGACUAAUAUCAGAAACCCACAGCGCAGAGGGAACUGGACAGACCUGAACAGCCUGAGCAACGGGCGCAGUGUCCGGAGCAGUGGUACCAACAACCGGGACGGCCGACUCAACACUGAGUGUGAGAUCAACAACCGGUCAGCAGCCAACCUCCGCAGCUUCAAACUUCCCUCAGCCAUAGAGUGCCAGUACAACAGGGACACUCCUUAUAACCAGGUGAACCAUGAGGUUGAAGACGAGGAAAGUCUCGAUCAAGACGCCGGGGCUCAGGCUGCGGCUCCAGACAGCGAAGCAUCGGGGUCCAGUCGGAGGAGCAGCCUGGGGAACAAUGGAGGAUUUCCCCAGAAGGUCCAUCGUCAGACGGCGAAGCAGAAACUCCGGCAGCUGCAGGAACUGGUCGCCAUGGUUCAGAGUGAUGACACAGAUGCUACAACAGCUAACGAGGAUGAGGUUUUACACCAACAGCCGAAUAACACCAGAGCUGCUGCAGCGAGACCACUGGGAUCUGGAUCCAAACAGAAUUCCAGAGACCUGACUCUCUCCAGCAAGGCCAGGGAGAAGUUGUAUGAGGAGAAGCUGCUUCAGCAGAAACACGAGUUGAAGCAGCUCCACGAGGAGCGUCAGAGACUCACUGAAAUUCAAGGCAAGAUCCACGACCUCCAGUGGGCUUGUCCCGACCUCCAGUCAUCGGUGUCCAGCACAGUGAGUCAGCAGGGUUUGCUGAAGAAGGUCCCAGUUGCAGUUUCCACUCCGGCCACUAUCAAGACUUCUUCAUCAUCCGGACUGAAAUCCAACUCGGGUGUCCUCAAACCCACUGCUCCAGAAGCAGCUACGUCUUCAGUCACUGACAAUGAGCAGCUCUGGUCAGAGAUGCGACGCCAUCAGAUCCUGAGGGAAGAACUGCGCCAGCGCAGGAAGCACUUAGAGUCCUUGAUGGCUGAACACCAGAGACGUAGUGGCGUCGGGGAUUCUCUUCGCCGGACCGAUGACCAAGACAGCCUUGCUACGCCCUCGCUGACGGUCAGCAGGGAUGAAAGGACCAUGGCAACCUGGGGUUCCUCUCCGUGCCCCCUCGAUGGUGAUGAUGAUGAUGACGACGAAGAUGAUGAUGAUGAUGAUGAAUAUCACACAGAGAUAGGUGCAGAGGAGGAAGACGAGCAGGAAGCAUGUGCAGACAGCACCUCUGAUGACGACAUCCACAUCUACCUGUCAAGCAGGAACCAGGGCUCUUACAGUAACAGGAAUAAUCAAGGAAGUAACCUAAAGCCUCCACCAGCUUUCUCAGGUGAGUGUGGUAGAAAUCUUCAUAACAAGACGAAGGUCAAGCAGCAGCAGCAGCAGCAGCCGCAGCCGCAGCCGUCAAGGAGUUUGAACCAGUCUGCAAACCAACAUGGAGGAACGCGGCGGCAGGAAAACCUCCGCUGGGCUUCAGAGCUGUCCUUCGCUGAGGGCUCGUCUCCCUGGCAGGAUCAGAUCAGCCAGCUGCAGAGACAGCUGGAUUUCAGCACCGGGAUGUGUCAGACUCUCCUGCAGGACCAGCAGACCCUGUCCUACAUGUUGCAAACCAUGCUGACGAGUCAGUACAACGCGUUACCGAACAACCUGCCAUCGCCACAGGUCCAACUGGUCAUGCACCAGCUCAACCAGUGCUACACGCAGCUGGCUUGGCAGCAAAACAACAUACAGAGACUAAAGCAGGUCCUGAACGACCUCCUUUGCCAGCAGCAGCAGCAGCAACAACAACAACAACAACAACAGCAGCAGCAGCAUCAACAACAGCAGCAGCAGCCAUCUUCUUCAACAGCAGGUUGGCAGACACAGAAGCAGAGUUCAUCUCAGGGAUCCAGCUCGGCUCCCUCGGCAUCUCCUGGCGUCUUCCCCUUCUCCUCUGCCCUGCAUCCUAAUACCAACAACAUGUCUACAGCUGCCAUGUCCCUGUUCCCUCCCAGCUUCAACAUGUAUCCACUGUUCCCUGCUCCCAUGGCUGAGUUCCCUCAGGAUGCAGCAGGUCACGCUGCGUCCGAGCACCAGAAGCAGCAAUUAGACCCCAACACUUCAACCAAAACCGAGUACAUGAGUUUCCCUCCUCCGCUGCAGCGCUCUCCUCUUAACAAGACACCAGAAAGAGGAGCUCCUGGCUGGCUCAACACCUCCUACGCCAACAACACCGUCCAGACUCACCCGUCUAAAAAUAUCCCCCAAGAGUCGCUCCCCUCCUCUCCCACUUUUGGGAACCUCCUCUCCAGACCUCAAGACUUUGACCAGGCAUCACUGGAGAGCUUCUCCAGCAUGCCCGAUUCUUUUGACCCCACCACUGUAACCAAGACUUUCAAGGCGGGGCGAAAGGCCUCGGCACAAGCCAACCUGGCCUCCCGGAGCAAGACUCCCAACACCAAGAGUCGUCGCAGGUGGACCAAAGGGCACAAGAAGAACAGCGAAGACAGUUACAGUGACAGCGUCAGCAGCACCGUGGACUUCAUCCAGGAGAGGGCCCCCCCGACUCGUCCGAAGAACCAGAAUCAGAGUCUGCUCGACAAGCUGACUCAAGAGAAACUAAACAGCAAGACGAAGCCUGGGAAUAAAAGAAAUGACCUCUCCUCUGCCUAUGCUUGGAGGACACCCUUCCUCUCUAACAGAAUUGCAUGCACGGAAGCACCAGAUGCGAGCAGCGACUUCUCUCUGUUCGAGGCUCUGAGGGAAACCAUCUACUCUGAGGUGGCCUCCUUGAUUUCCCAGAAUGAGUCCCGGCCCCACUUCCUCAUCGAGCUCUUUCAUGAGCUGCAGCUGCUCAAUACCGACUACUUACGGCAGAGGGCGCUCUACUCCCUCCAGGAUAUCGUGACUCGGCACCUGGCAGAGAAGAGUGCAGCUGAAGACCGGCUGCCCCCCCACGGUCCUGUGGUGUGGGCCGCAGGCUCCCACUCCGAGCAGAUGCCCGAGAGUCUGGAUACCAGUGAUGCAGAGGUGGUGGAGAAGAAUGUGAACACACAGAACAGGAUGAAGAAGCGGGAUGAUGGAGAGUCGGUGGACGACGCCAGCACCAUGUCAACCUCCUCCAACCUGGAACCAUUCGCCAGUGACGACCUGGGCAACACGGUGUUUCAUUUAGACAAAGCUCUGGCCAGGAUUAGGGAGUAUGAGCGCAUGAAGCUAAAUGCUGAAUUUAACCCCGGCGCUGCAGGUGCAGGUGGCUCUGAAGUCUCACACGCUGAACAUCCCUCUGCUAACCCUGCUCGACCCGUGGAAGGAGCAGCAGCUGGAGACAUGCGCUGUCCCCAGAUCGACACGCAGCAGCUGGAUCGUCAGAUUAAAGCCAUCAUGGCAGAAGUCAUUCCCUUCCUUAAGGAGAACAUGGACGAGGUGUGCUCCCUGCAGCUGUUGACGUCCGUGCGGCGCAUGGUCCUUGCUCUCACGCAGCAGAACGAUGAGAGCAAGGAGUUCGUUCGCUUCUUCCACAGACAGCUGGGAGGAAUCCUGCAGGACUCUCUCAGUAAGUUUGCGGGCCGCACUCUGAAGGACUGCGGAGAGGACCUUCUGGUGGAGAUCUCUGAGAUCCUCUUCAACGAACUGGCUUUCUUCCGGCUCAUGCAGGAUCUGGACAACGGCAGCUUCAUCGCCUCCGCCGCCAAACAGAGGAAUAAGAAGAGGACGGAGCAGCCGAGUAAAGAGAAGCUCCGUCUCAAGGAAAAUACAGCAGCUGGUGGGGAUAAAUCAGUUUCUCCUGUCUACUCAGAUGAAGACAAGGACCAGGAUGAAGCCGAGCAGGAAAGUCAUUCUGCACGACAGGAGUUUUACCUGCAGACGGAGAUGAAGAACAACCGGAGCAGUGAAGCCUCGGAGGCCGAAGAGGAAGAUGAAGGAGCGGGUCAGGGAAUCCUUCUGUCAAUCAGUCUCUCCAAAGCAGAGACCCAGGCUCUGACAAACUACGGCAGCGGCGAGGAUGAGAACGAGGAGGAGGAAAUGGAGGAUUUCGAGGCCGGACCUGUCGAUGUCCAAACCUCGCUUCAGGCUUCUGCUGACGGACAAGUGGAGCAGGAGGGGACAACGGCCGGUGAAACCCGGGAGACGAAACCUGGACAGUGGAGUUCAGCUAACAAUGACGAAGUUAAUGAAAUGGUUGAGAAUAUGAAUUGCACAGUGGAUGAAUGUAGCACAGCGGAGUGCCAGAGUCCCGAGGAGGAAGAGGAGGAGGAGGGUAUAGAGGAGGCAGCUGCUGCUUCAGAAGAAAACACCACACUCUGUGAUGUCCCCAAGAAGGCGUCCACUACGAGCAGCCCUGACUCUGACUCGCCCGUCAUGAUCAACGUAGACGAGGUGGGGUCAGGAAACACAAGUCAGAGGUCAGAUGAGGAAGACUUUGUCAAGCUUGAUGAUUUACCAUUGCAGCUCUCAGUGAUGUGUGAGGAGGAGCUUCAGAAGCGGAUCGUGGAGGAGCAGCAGAACAACAACCUGUCGGUGGAGAUCCUGGGCGGGAACACGGAGUCGCUGACGGUGCUGGUGGGGAACGCUCAGGCGCUGAAGAAACCAGACACUGUCGAUGCCAAGAGUCUGUGAGGAAACACAAGGGCGACUUCUCAAAGUCUACUGUUUUUAGCAACACUAUGAUUUCACCAUUAAUCUGUUCCAGUUUUAUGAUUGUUGAUUCUUUAAAUCUGCUAGUUCAAAAAAAAAGACAGAAAAUAGAAACGGCUCUAAAUACUGGUCACUGGUCACAAGUUUGCUGACUCACACACACACACACGUACACACACACUAAAUAAAACUAGACAUCAUCAACACUUAGCGAAUUUUAUUCAUGGUUGCUUUAUGUCAUUUACUGUUACCGGGGGGGCAGGGUUUGUUUCUAAGCUGCUGAUUUCUGACGGUUCAGUCUCCGUUGGAUCUGAAGUCUCUUCCUCGGUUCUGGGAUCAGUUUGACAAGAGUAGCGAUUUCAGUUUUUUUUAAAUGUUUUAUUUGUGUCGCCUUACUCUUGUACAGUCGUCGUUUCUGCACUUGACUUCUAGUUCUGAAGAGAUUAGAGUUUGAUGGGAGUUCAGAUGCAGCCGGUCUCGUUUCUCCAGCUUAAACACUUGUUCCCUGAUGAGCUCACACUUUACUUUUUAUCCCAGUUUUCUUCUGUCAAUGUUUAGUUUCCAGUGACUUUUUUUGUUUUUCCAUGUUAUUAAUUUGUUGACUCCUGUCAUAAGUUUUAAUUAAUAAAAUACUGGAACCUUGAAA